CUGAAUUAAGUGUAUGCUGGGGGGUUUUCUGUCUCAAUUAUUGCUCAAUUUGUGUAAAAUCCAUCAACAAAAUUCCUUUCACACUGUGAAAUAGCAGGUGCGAGCUGUAUGAAUUAACCUUGUUUUUCGACUGGACUGAUGUUAUAAGCUGAAAACUGCUUACAAGUUAUAUAAUUUCCCUUUAAAAGUUUCAUCCGUUACGUACUUUAACAUAAAUCUUCGUAAGACUUAAGUUCAGUGUUGUCGCUGGGGAGACGAAGACUUUUCUUUUCAGAUUUGAAAUAAUAGUUUUCAGAGGGCGGUCUUAAUUUGUACUCUCUGUACAAACGACGUCUCAUCCUAACUUGUACCUUGCAAAAAGCAUUUAUGUUUAGACACUUCACCCUCUGCCUCACAUACUGAAGGCUUUUUUCACUGGGUGUGGUUUCUAAAAUGGUAUGGUUUAGGGAUCCCGUGGGGGUACGGGAGCGGAAAUUCACAUCUAACCAAAGUUGUCACAUUGACCGCAGCUGGCCGACUAUGGUUCCCGACUUUUGAAGACUGGACUGAUUUUUGUGCAUCAGGCGUAGAGGACAUUGUUGAAAGGAGAUCACAGCUGACAAAAGAAAGCCACAGCCACUUGAAGUCGACGAAAAUCAAGAUUUCUAUAUAUAGUAUCAUCAGCGUCACUGCGCAAGCAUCUACGUCUUGUUUUGUUUUUGUUUUUGUUCUGGAUUGGGUUUUUGUUUUGUUUUGGUUGUUGCAGGUUUUUUUUUAAAUUCCAUUAUUGUUUAAGUUAAGAAAUAGAAAAAGGUGAUCACGAAACAGAAUAAAACUAUAAUGAUCUAAGAUGUCCCUUGAAGUUUUUAUUCUAAAAACUGAUUUUUCUGGGGAACCCACUAUAGACUGAGUUGAGGGGUUCUGGAAUGACGCAGGCAAUAAUACAUGUAAUAUGGAUGCCCUCUAGCAGAGUAGACACUUUUGGAAAAAGUUCUCUUAGCAAACACGUUCAGCUCGGAGGACACACAUUUUAAAAACCCCAGAAUUCGAAUCUCUGUGUCGGAUCACAAAAAACAAACAAACAAAAAAACUUCCAUGAUACCUGCAUCGAAGCUGUAUCCCCCCAAGUUGGUAUACAUGUGGUAUCUUUGGUCCAAUUCAGCACAGGUUAUUAGCUCUGGCAGACAGAGUUGAAGCAGACCACCCCAUAGAUUAUCUAGAUUGUGUUAGUUGGGUGUGAAACAUUUACGACCAUUGCUUCGUAGCUAUGUAUAUGAGGAGUGAUUUACAGUUUUAAAAAACCCAGUGAUAUUUGAUGGUGUUGAAGAACGCGACUACUCAUAAGGCAGUUUCCAAACAUGUCCAUGCUAAUAAUUCCUUGAAUGUUUGCUCUGGAUUUUCAAGGCGUGUCUGUCCAAGACUGUUUGAGCGUGCUAGAGACCUUUGGAGACAAGGAGAACGCUCAACUUUGCUCACUCAAGUAGCUCCGUCAGCUAGGCCACCACGCUUGACCAUGUCAGAGUCAAUCACAGUUCUCAUUUGUCUCCUCCUAGCUGGGCUUAGAGCCACGAACGGUCACACAAAACCAUCUCUUGACCUUACCCUUCUCGCCACGUUCACACGUCUGCCGGUCCACUUGCCCGCCUCCGCCUAUCUGAACAUACGAUGUAACUACACAGGCCUGUCCACCUUAUCGUUCUUGGGCAUCGGCAAGCGGCCAGACUGUUGCUCCACUACAGAAAACCUGGCUUUCAUCACCCCAGAGGACAGAGGUGAGACACACCACAGGACAAAGGUGAGACACCCAAUAAGACAAAGGUAGGGUGAUCAACAGGACGUAAGGUGAGACACUCCACAGGACAAAGGUGGAACACCUCAAAGGUAAGACACCCCACAGGACAAAGGUGGAACACCCAAAGGUAAGACACCCAACAGGACAACGGUAAGACACCCCAGAGGUGAAAGGUAAGACACCCCACAGGAUAAAGGUAAGACACCCCUGUCCACCCUAUCGUUCUUGGGCAUCGGAAAGCGGCCAGACUGUUGCUCCACUACAGAAAACCUGGCUUUCGUCACCCCAGAGGACAAGAGUAAGGCACCCAAUAGGAAAAUUUUAAAACAUCCAAUAUGACAAAGGUAAGACACCACACACGAUGAAGGCGAGGCACCCCAAAGGUUAGGCACCCCACACGACAAAGGGGAGACACCCCUCACGACAAAGGCAAGACAUCCAAUAGCACAAAGGUAGAACACCCAAUAGGACAAAGAUAAGACACCCCACUGAACAUAGGUAAGACACCCCAAAGGACAAAGAUGAGACACUUCACUGGAUAAAGGUAAGACACCCAAUAGGACAAAGGUAAGAUACCCGAAAGGACAAUGGUGAGACACCCCACGAGACAAGGGUAGGAUGCCCCAAAGGACAAAAGUGAGGCAUCCCAAGGGUGAGACAUAAUUGAGACACCAAAAAGGACAAAGGUAAGACACCCAGUAAUUCAAAGGUAGGACGCCCCACAGGACAAAAGGUGAGACACCCAACAACACAAAGGUAAGACACCCCAAACGACAAAGGUUAGGCACCCCCACACGACAAAAGUGAGACACCCAAUAGGACAAAGGUGAGACAACCCACACGACAAAGGUGAGACACCAAAUAGGACAAAGGUGAGACACCCAAUAGGACAAAGGCAAGACACCCUGCAAGACAACGGUGAGACACUCCAUGGGACAAAGGUGAGACACCCCAAAGGUAAAACACCCCACUGGACAAAGAUAAAAUACCCAACGGGAUAAAGGUGAGAUAAAGCUCUUGAACCCCUUCCUCCCACCCCACCCCCCACCCCCA